CCAUGAAAAUGUGAACAGAAAUAAAGUAGGCAAAAGGGAUGGGCAAAAAAGGCUUCCUAAAUUUGGCCACACGCAAGGAGGAAUUGAACAAGAAGAGGAGGAAGAAGAGGAGGAGGAACAAAACAAUGAUGAACUUUUUUAUGAUAGCAGAUAUGGUGGACAGGGAAGAGCACAGGUGGACGAGGAAGAAGACGAAGUGGAGGACGAAGAAGAGGACGAGGAAGAAGACGAAGAAGAGGAUGAGGACGAAACAGUAGAAAAUGAAGGAAACUAUGACGACAAUGAUCAACCAGGGAAUGACGGAAGAGAGAAUGAAAAAAGAAUAGAUAACAUAGGAGACUACUACGAUCAGAAUUACGAAAUGUUUGACGAAAGAGAUAUACACAACUUAAGGAAUUACAAGCACGACCGUGAAAUCAGCAGCAAUAAUAAUAACAGCUCUUUUUACAAACAAGAAAGCUCCCGCUCGAAUAGCAAUGCAACCGCAACACAUAACGAGCUAACAGAGAAGGAAAAAAUGGCAGCUGCUCUUUUUAAUGGUCUAAUAUCAAACAAUUCUUCAGUUGACUAUUCGAGAAAUAAUUACUCUUCCAGUUUUUCAAGUAAAAAAAGCCACUCAUUAUUGUCCAAUAGGAAUUAUUUUAACUCCAAAUCUGAUGAGAGCAGGACUGAUGAGAGGGAAAAACACUUUGCUGAGAGAAGAAGUUCGAAGAAAUUCCAAAGAGAACCUGCUGCAUCGAGCAGUCAAUAUAUGGAAAAGAAAAACUCAUCGUCGAACCUUUUGGGAAACGGUUCAAACAAAUUGGACGAAAUGAGAAAAUCGAAGUGUGCAUUUGAUAUGCUAGAUUUGAGCGAACCUUCUGCUAAAAGGGACUUCAUGGAGGAAGAAGAGGAAAAUAGGAGCUGUAAAGAGGAGGACAAAAAUCUGUGGAACAGCAUCAGCAGUCAGAAGAAGGCCGUUUUUUUAAACACGACAACGUUAAGCAUAUUUCAGAUAAUUAAAAAAAUUGAGAACAACCUAAACGCCAACGUGGUGGAAGUCAGCAAAAACGAAGCCCUAACUUCCUGCAUUUAUAGCAGCAACAAAGUGUUGGUAAAAAUCAAAAUAGAGGAAAACAAAUUGGUUUUUUUAGUGAAGUCCGCUGAAAUUAGCAUAAUUGACAGCGUCUUUGACAUUCUAAGAAAUUUGUUUCACGUAUGA